AUGGGCUCUGCGGACGAGCGUCUCGAGGCCCAGCCACACGGCUUGAACACACACCUUUUACGCAUUACCGAAGAACUUCGAGUUACUUCAGCCGCAUGGGCUUGCCUGUCGUUUGCAGACCUCUCGAACAGACACGAGUCAAUCAAACAGCGUGGACAGAGUCGGGUUGGCUGCACCGUUGUCAGAGCCUGUCUCAACAGGGAGGCUCUUGCGGAAAUGAUUAAAGCCUGGGCGGUUUGGUCUACAGCCCAACGGGAUAAUGCACGGUUCGACGAAGACUCAGAGCAGUCUUCCUGGCUCAAGGAAGCCUUCGAAAAUCCCUAG